AGGAUGGCGGGAGGGGGUCUGGGAGGUGCAUCUGCAGCUGAGGGCGGUCCUCGGGCCCCCCAGUCUCUCCCCUGGUUGAGCCCGGGUGCGGCAGGGAGGCGGGGGCGGGGGGCCUUCCCAGGGGUGUCCCGCCCCCCCCAGCCAGGCGCCCCCUCGCCCCACGUGAGCGCAGGGCCUCUGGAUCCCUCCGUGCGCGUCCGCUUCGCUCUGCCCGCCUGUCCCCGGGCCUGUCCCGCCUGUCCCCGCAGGCCCAGCCGCCGCGCACGAAUACUGUUCAGUGCUGGCUUAUGGUGAUAAGGGGGAUUGAACCUGGGACGUCGGACCCUCGGUCAGGAGAGUCUCUUUGCAGAACCGUUAUUCUGUCUGCCCUCACCCCAAGAGAGGUCCACCUGGAACAAGACUCCGCUGGGGCUUGAGCUCAGCCCCGGGAGGAGCCGGACAGAAAGCCACGAGGCACUCCUCCGAGGCCUGGACCCCUCUGUCCCCCCCGUGCCCCCGUCACCCCAGAGUCAGAAGAUGGACAGCCACGGCCACAGCCUGUUCCUGCGGGAGGGCGGCCGGCUGGGCCGGGCUGGGUGGCUGCCGCGGCUGCAGGACGGGCUGCAGCAGAGAGCACUGCGCACCAGGCUGCGGCUGCAGACGCUGACCCUGGAGCAGGUGCGCCGCUUCCUGAAGAGACAUGCCUUCAUCCUGCUCACUGUGAGCGCCGUGGUCAUCGGGGUUUGCCUGGCUUUCGCCCUGCGUCCUCAGAGGCUCACCUACCGCCAGGUCAAAUACUUCUCCUUCCCGGGGGAGCUACUCAUGAGGAUGCUUCAGAUGCUGGUCCUGCCGCUCAUAGUCUCCAGCCUGGUCACAGGCAUGGCGUCGCUGGACAGCAAGGCCACGGGCCGUAUGGGCUUGCGGGCGGCCGUGUACUACAUGGUGACCACCAUCAUCGCCGUGCUCAUCGGGAUCCUCAUGGUCACCGUCAUCCACCCCGGCAAGGGCUCCAAGGAGGGGCUGCACCACCACGGCCGUGUCGAGACCGUGCCCACGGCCGACGCCUUCAUGGACCUGGUCAGAAAUAUGUUUCCGCCCAACCUUGUGGAGGCCUGCUUCAAACAGUUCAAGACGCAGUACAGCACCAGGGUGGUGACCAGGACGGUGGUGAGGACGGAGAACGGGUCGGCACCCCCGGCCCCCGCGGAGAACGCCAGCGGCCUGCUGGAGAACGUGACGCGGGCGCUGGGCGGCCUGCAGGAGGUGCUGAGCUUCGAGGAGACGGUGCCCGUGCCCGGUUCGGCCAGCGGCAUCAACGCGCUGGGCCUGGUGGUCUUCUCCGUGGCCUUCGGGCUGGUCAUCGGGGGCAUGAAACACAAAGGGAAGGUCCUCAGGGACUUUUUCGACAGCCUCAACGAGGCCAUCAUGAGGCUGGUCGGCGUCAUCAUCUGGUAUGCCCCGGUGGGCAUCCUCUUCCUCAUCGCGGGCAAGAUCCUGGAGAUGGAGGACAUGGCGGUGCUGGGCGGCCAGCUGGGCAUGUACACCUUGACCGUGAUUGUGGGGCUGCUUCUGCACGCUGGCGGGGUGCUACCCCUCAUCUACUUCCUGGUCACGCACCGGAACCCUUUCCCCUUCAUUGGGGGGCUCCUGCAGGCCCUGAUCACCGCCAUGGGCACGUCGUCCAGCUCGGCCACUCUGCCCAUCACCUUCCGCUGCCUUGAGGAGGGCCUGGGGGUAGACCGGCGCAUCACUCGGUUUGUACUGCCCGUGGGCGCCACCGUCAACAUGGAUGGCACUGCGCUCUACGAGGCCCUGGCCGCCAUCUUCAUUGCCCAGGUCAACAACUACGAGCUCAACCUGGGCCAGAUCACCACCAUCAGCAUCACGGCCACGGCAGCCAGCGUGGGGGCAGCGGGCAUCCCCCAGGCCGGGCUGGUGACCAUGGUGAUCGUGCUCACAUCAGUGGGUCUGCCCACAGAAGACAUCACACUGAUCAUAGCUGUGGACUGGUUUCUGGACCGCUUGCGCACGAUGACCAACGUGCUGGGUGACUCCAUCGGGGCAGCCGUGGUGGAGCAUCUCUCUCAGCGGGAGCUGGCGUUGCAGGAGGCUGAGCUCACCCUCCCCAGCCUGGGGAAGCCCUACAAGUCCCUCACGCAAGACAAGGGCCCUGCCCGGGGCCGGCGGGGCGAGAGUGCUAUGUGAGGGUGCCAGCUGCGGGCCGGGAGGGAGGGAGGGUCCAGGUGCUAGCCAGAGCCUGCCCCCCACACACACCUGCGCCCUGAAUGUGCUCGGCACAGCAUCUGGACGGACGCUGAGAUAAAAAGAUGCUGUGAUGCAAA